UGCUUGUUCUAGUGAUAAACUGAGGCCUUGCCUCUCGGCUUCUCCCAGAACGAAAGGGGUGGGGGUGGGGGGUAACCGCUUUGCUUCCCCCAAGGAUAGACAGAAAGAAGGGAUGAAGAAGGGGGAUGGGUAAGGAAGAGAAAAAUACGUGACAAAGAAAACAUUCUCUGCCUGGGAGGAGACUGACAGAGGGUGUAGAGCUGGAGGGAGCAUUCGCUGGCCAUGCCAGUACUUACCACUGAUGCUGAGUCAGAAACAGGUAUCCCAAAAUCCCUUUCCAAUGAGCCUCCCUCAGAAACCAUGGAGGAAAUAGAGCACACAUGCCCACAGCCUCGACUGACUCUGACUGCUCCUGCCCCAUUUGCAGAUGAAAUCAGCUGCCAGUGCCAAGCACCCCAUGAAAAACUGACCAUUGCCCAGGCCCGCCUAGGAACACCAGUUGACAGGCCUGUCAGAGUAUAUGCAGAUGGAAUAUUUGACCUCUUCCACUCAGGCCAUGCAAGGGCACUUAUGCAAGCAAAAACACUAUUUCCCAACAGCUACUUGUUGGUAGGAGUUUGCAGUGACGACCUUACCCACAAAUUCAAAGGUUUUACCGUGAUGAAUGAAGCCGAGAGAUAUGAAGCCCUCAGACACUGCCGCUAUGUAGACGAAGUCAUCAGAGAUGCUCCAUGGACACUCACGCCAGAGUUUUUGGAAAAACACAAGAUUGACUUUGUGGCCCAUGAUGACAUUCCAUACUCUUCUGCUGGCUCUGAUGAUGUUUACAAGCACAUAAAGGAAGCAGGAAUGUUCGUUCCUACGCAGAGAACGGAAGGCAUCUCGACAUCAGAUAUCAUUACCAGAAUUGUCCGAGACUAUGAUGUUUAUGCUCGUCGCAACCUCCAGAGAGGGUACACGGCGAAGGAACUGAAUGUCAGCUUUAUAAAUGAAAAGAAAUACCGUUUUCAAAACCAGGUAGACAAGAUGAAAGAGAAGGUUAAGACCGUGGAGGAGAGAUCGAAGGAAUUUGUUAACAGAGUGGAAGAAAAGAGUCAUGAUCUAAUUCAGAAGUGGGAAGAAAAGUCAAGGGAAUUCAUUGGCAACUUCUUAGAACUGUUUGGGCCGGAUGGAGCAUGGAAGCAGAUGUUCCAGGAGAGGAGUAGCCGGAUGCUGCAGGCCCUGUCCCCAAAGCAGAGCCCCGUGAGCAGCCCCACCAGGAGCCGGUCCCCUUCCCGCUCCCCAUCGCCCACCUUCUCAUGGCUCCCGAUCAAAACCUCCCCCCCUUCCUCCCCCAAAGCUGCCUCCGCCUCCAUCAGCAGCCUGAGCGAGGGGGAUGAGGAUGAGAAGUAAAGGCUGCUGGCAGAAAAUCCGAGCCAUACCACGCGGGCUGGGGAGGAGGGCGGGGACACCGGGGAGGCCUGGGUGGUGGUGGUUGAAGGGUAAGAGUCGCAGCAGCUGCAGCGCGGCAGGGAGACCUGGAGCUCUGCUAAGGGAAGGCCUUGGGGCCGGCUCCCCCUCAGUCUCCACUCAGCCCAACACCUGGGUUCUGCAUGGAGGUUUCCAGCCGGACAACCUAUACAAACCUUAGCGUCAUUUAGAAUCAGUCUACUUUAACCUUGCUAAGGAGAGACGCAGAGCACCCCCAGGAGACUCGCACCCAGUGGGGCGCCUUCUGCUUUGGUCCUUACACCCACCCUCACAAGCACACCGCCCAUGGAAGCGGCUGUUCCCUCAACCUGCUACUUCCGGCCCCCAAGGGCCCUGCACGAUGCCCCCUGCCACCCAAGCUCUGCCAGAAUUAACCUGUCCCCAAUAGAAACAGUUGAGUCCAAGGCAAAUGCCAACCUUCACAGUUUAGCCACCGAGACCCAAGGUCGCAUCCAGAAAUGUGGCGCACCGACAAAGCCCGACUUUAGGCCAGACAUAUAAAAGGUCACCUAGUGUGACCCUUCGUUUCUUACUCAAGGGACAGCUUUGUCAAGGAGAGCACCACGUAAGGCCGAAUGUGCUCCUGGUUGUACUUUUGCAUCAUUGGUUUGACUUCAUCGUUUUCCCCAAAUUGCCUUCGUUUGUGGGAAACGCAGCCAAGGAAAACAUCGUAUCGGGGAAAAGGCAAGUGGAGCCGCUGGCUUUGCUCCGAGUCUAGCGGAUGGUCAGCAUCUCCCGAAGCUUCUCCUUCAAGGACGCUGUGUGGAACGGCUUCCCCAUUUCUGACCAGUUGUUUCAUAGACCGCAAGUAACAGUUUGAUGUACCAAGCUACGUAGUAUACCAGUAGGGGGUGCUGCCUGCACGUACCUGUGCUGUAACAUGCCAUCCAGGGUGCAGACCGUAUACAGCCCGAAGAUAUGGUGGUGGCAUUUGACAGUAUCCUCCUCUCCCGUUCUCACUCCUGUAACCCCGCUGAAAUCCUUGGUCUCAAGGACUAUCUGGUUCCCUUGUGACUUGGGCCCUUUGUCAAAAGCUCAUCCUGGAUUCCUGUAGAAAUGUCAUGGACCAACCAGGAAAUUAGUCCGUUUCUCUCAUGGCCUCCCGUCAGUUGGGAGGGAAGGGAGGCUCUGAAGUUCCACAGAGCCCUGGGGGAGCCUGAGUUCUUUUU